AAAUGAAUAAUGGCCGAUGGUGUUGUUAUUGCGUGCAGUGAUAGUUAUUUGCAUUUCUGGUCCGUUGUUGUCUCGAGAGCGAUUUCUUUCCGCCGAUCGAAUCCCUCAGCUUUGAAAUCUCUAACCGAUCAUCAAUCAGGGAGACACGAAGGAGGGAUCGAAAUCCGUAUAAAAUUUAUUUAUUAUCCCGGUGUUGCCGAGAAUCGCGGAGGAAAAAUGUAGCAGUGACUGACACUAGCCGCUUCUUGUUCGUCGUCGGUCGUCCUGCUUUCACGCUACAUAUUACAAUGGAAAGGAUGGAACUGUGUCACGGCCCUAACGUGUCCACUCUAAAUCGCGAGAUGUGAUUAGGACCCCAGAAUCAUCGAGUACCUUUUUAUCCUCGGUUUUCAGACCCCGCUUUCCUACCAACGGAAACACCAUGGUUCAGGUACCCAGCGUCUACACCUACAACUACUGGACCAAGACACCCACCGAGGUUGUCGAGCUCACGUGCUUGAUGCCAAAUGGGGUCGUCAUACCCCUCGAGACGAAUCGGAAUGCCACCCUUACGGAGAUCAAGGAGGACCUUUGGGACGAGGCGAGCAAGUAUCCGUUACAUGGAACGCUGCGCGAUGCCAAUUCCUAUGUAUUCUCGUGCAUCAAUUCUAUGGCUGAGGCUGAGGAACUUCGCGAUGAAAACAGACGACUCUGUGAUAUCAGGCCUUUUUGCUCCGUACUUAAGGUUAUCGAACGCGAGGGAGAGAAAGGGGACAAACUAUUGGAUAAUCAAAUAAGUCAUCUCAUCGGAAAAGGCCUGCACGAAUUUGUCGCAUUAAAAAAUUCAGAAGUGAAUGACUUUCGAUGGAAAAUGAGACUCCUGGGAGACGAAAUAGUGCAAAGUAGACAGAAGAAAUCCUGGGAGGAAAAAGUCUGUUAUCAGUAUCCCCCGCGAUUAGCACCUCCACAUGUUAUACAUAAGAAUAUUGAAUCUCGACUCAAGGAUGGUAAUUUCGUGGUCCUCACUAAGUUUGAGAACACAGAGACUACAUUCACGUUUCAAAUACAGCACGAAACCACACCGCACCAACUACUGACGCAAAUAUUGAAUAAAAAGGCGAUGACUUUAAAUUCGCGUGGCGAAAGGCCUGGGGAUUUUAUACUCAAAGUUUGCGGUCAGGAAGAGUACCUGAUCGGAGAUUAUCCGCUUAUACAAUUCUUCUAUAUUCAGGAUUGUCUGGCUCGAGAUAUAAUGCCGACUCUAGUUACAAUGAGCGUUAUUAAUCUGUCCAUCGAUCACGACAGUAUUUGUGAAGUGCCAGAAAUCGAUAGUCUUAAACGUACCAGGCCGUCUUUUUCCACGCUCACAUUGCGCAAAAAAGGCAAGCACAUAUCUGCCUGGAAACUGGACGAGCAGUUUAUGUUCAAUGUAAAUGGCAUAUCCCGCCUGAAUUGCGACGCUGCACACCGUACUGUAGAGAUCGGCGUACAAGCGGGUCUUUUUCACGGCGGCAAAUCCCUCUGUGAAAGUCAGAAGACUGGUGAAAAUAUAGUGAGAAAUGAGCGAGGAAACGAGGGAAGCUGUGAAUGGGAAGAGACUCUGAAAUUCGACAUCAAAGUCAGAGACAUACCUAGAAUGUCGAGACUUUGUUUUGUUCUUUAUGAGAUAAGCAAGACUGCGCGAGGGCUGAAGAGCCGGAGGCUCGUCAAGGACUCUAAACAAGAAUAUUAUAUAAAUCCGUUGUGUUGGGCGAACACAACGAUAUACGACUUUAAAUCUCAGCUCAAAACCGGCGCUAUGACACUCUACACGUGGACAUAUGCUGAAGAUAUGCAGAACGAAGAUCUGCUUCACCCCCUCGGAACCGUUGUUUCCAAUCCGCACAUAGAUCACGCCGCUGCACUUAUGCUCACCUUUCCGAAUUACGGUAAGGACAAAUCAGUGCUUUAUCCAACGUUGGAAAAAGUUGUGGAAUAUGCUAACAGCUUGCGUAAAACUGGCGACGAGGAGGAACUUUAUCAGGAUUUGGAUAGUAAUAAGUUUCAGCAAUUGGAACAGUUGAGAACGCUUGCCGACAGCGAUCCGAUGCAUGAACUUCACGAGCAAGAAAGAAAAACAAUGUGGGCGCUGCGGUAUCACUGCCUAAAGAAAAUACCCACACUAUUAACGAAGCUGUUACAUUGCGUCGAGUGGAAUGAUCACAGGGAAGUGGCGGAGGCGACGGCGUUGGUUCAACAGUGGCCUCAGCUGCCCGUGGAGAAAGCUUUAGAAUUACUGGACUACGCGUACGCCGAUCAGACUGUACGGAGCUUUGCUGUACGGUGUCUCAUGGAUGUUAGCGAUGAAGAUUUGAGCCUUUAUUUAUUACAACUUGUCCAAGCUCUGAAACACGAAAAUUAUCUAUCGUGUGAACUGACAGAAUUUUUGCUCAGAAGAGCGCUCAACAACCAGCGCAUAGGGCACUACCUGUUCUGGCAUUUGAGAUCAGAAAUGCAGGUGGGUUCGGUGUCCGUGCGGUUUGGAUUAAUCCUGGAAGCUUAUUGUCGAGGAAGUCAGGAACACAUGCGCGCUCUUACCAAGGAAAUGGAAUGUUUGGACAAGUUGAGAUCGACCUCGGAAUUCGUGAGGCAGAGAAAAGACCGCAAAGCCGCGCUGCAGGAAUUUCUCCAAGAGCCUCACUGUCGAGAAGCCGUUUCUAAUAUACUAAAUCCUCUCGAUCCAAGUUACAGAUGGAAAUAUGUAAAAAUGGAGAAAUGCAGAGUAAUGGAUAGUAAGAUGCGACCUCUUUGGCUGGUCUUUGAAAACGCAGAUCCGUACGGAGACGAUAUAUACUUGAUACUAAAACACGGUGACGACCUUAGGCAAGAUAUGUUGACGCUGCAAAUGCUGCGAAUAAUGGAUAAGCUUUGGAAGAACGAGGGUUUAGACUUACGCAUGAAUCCUUACGGCUGCAUAUCCACCGAGCACAGAGUCGGGAUGAUCGAAGUUGUCCUUAACGCCGAAACGAUAGCCAAUAUUCAAAAAGAGAAAGGAAUGUUUUCGGCGACAUCGGCUUUCAGGAGGGGCUCGCUGCUCGCUUGGCUAAAGGAUCACAACCAAACCGAAGCUGCGUUGAACAAAGCCGUUGAAGAGUUUACGCUGAGUUGUGCGGGAUAUUGUGUCGCUACAUAUGUGUUAGGUAUAGCUGACCGCCAUUCGGACAACAUUAUGGUGAAAAAAACGGGCCAGUUAUUCCACAUUGAUUUCGGUCACAUAUUGGGUCACUUUAAAGAAAAAUUUGGCUUCAGAAGGGAAAGGGUCCCUUUUGUAUUGACAAAUGACUUUGUACACGUUAUAAACAAAGGUCAGCCCAAGAAAGGUCAGGCGGUGGUGGAAUUUCAACGAUUUCAAAGAUACUGCGAGCAAGCUUUCCUCGUUUUAAGGAGACACGGCGGACUUAUUUUAUCACUCUUUGCUAUGAUGAUCUCUACCGGUCUUCCUGAGCUCUCGUCGGAAAAGGAUCUUAAUUAUCUGAGAGACACCCUAGUUUUAGAAAUGUCAGAAAACGAAGCACAGAUGCAUUUUCGUAGUAAAUUUGACGAGGCAUUGUGCAAUUCUUGGAAAACCUCGUUGAACUGGGCUUCCCACAAUAUGGCCAAGAACAACAAAACGACAUGAAUCUUUUCUCAUUUCGUUGUACUAGGUAAGACUGUCUCAUAUUUGUUUCGGUUUUUUUUUUUGUUUUUUUUUUGUUUCCCUAAUUUUUAAGCUAUUAUGUAGAAAAGAAGU